AUGCAGCAAACGGUCAGAGAUCUACAGUGGCGCACAAGGGAAAAUGACAAAGAUCACUUACAUUUCUCUCGCUUGAGCCGCGUGUGGUGCUUUGUCAUCUGGAAGCUGGAGAAGCUCCAGCAGCGAUUGGCUCCGUCAGCGGCGACGUUGGUGGCGGUGAGAGCGCAGGCGGCGAUGGCAGCAGCGAUUGGCUCCGUCAGCGGCGACGUUGGUGGCGGUGAGAGCGCAGGCGGCGAUGGCUGCAGCGAUGAAAACCUGAUGCAAUUCAGGCCACUGCAGCGCAAGAAACAAAGCGUCAACGAAAAGCUCAGUACCGCAACGGGACCUCCGAUGAAGCUUGAACCUGACGUGAAGAGACGCAAAACCAGCUAA